CGGCGGCUGGAGCAGGUGAGGGCCCGAGCGGCCCGGCGGAAAUGAGCCAUGGCUUCAGUGAAGGUGGCUGUGCGAGUGCGGCCCAUGAACCGCAGGGAGAAGGAACUUAAUGCAAAGUUUAUUAUUUCAAUGGAAAAAAAUAAAACUACAAUCACGAACUUAAAGGUACCAGAGGGUAGUACUGGAGACGCGGGACGAGAAAGAACUAAGACCUUUACCUAUGAUUUUUCGUAUUUCUCAGCUGACAGUGAAAGUCCCAGCUUUGUUUGUCAAGAAAUGGUUUUCAAAAAUCUUGGAACAGAUGUGCUUAAAUCUGCUUUUGAAGGUUAUAAUGCUUGUGUUUUUGCAUAUGGACAGACUGGAUCUGGGAAGUCCUACACCAUGAUGGGAAAUGCGGGUGAUGCAGGUUUAAUACCUAGAAUUUGCGAAGGAUUAUUCAGCAAAAUAAGUGAAAAAACAAGUAAGAAUGAAGCAUCCUUUCGGACAGAAGUGAGUUAUAUGGAAAUUUAUAAUGAGCGUGUGAGAGAUCUCCUCAGACGGAAGUCAUCAAAAACUAAUAAUUUACGAAUACGGGAACAUCCAAAAGAAGGGCCAUAUGUUGAGGAUUUGUCUAAACAUUUAGUGCAAAAUUAUGGUGAUGUAGAGGAACUUAUGGAUGCAGGAAACAUAAAUAGAACGACAGCUGCAACUGGAAUGAAUGAUGUCAGCAGCAGGUCACACGCCAUUUUCACAAUCAACUUUACUCAGGCUAAAUUUGAUUCUGAAAUGCCUUGUGAAACUGUUAGCAAGAUUCAUUUGGUAGAUCUUGCUGGAAGUGAGAGGGCAGAUGCCACUGGUGCCACAGGGGUUCGAUUAAAGGAAGGAGGGAAUAUUAACAAAUCUCUAGUUACUCUGGGAAAUGUAAUUUCUGCCUUAGCUGAUUUAUCUCAGGAUGCAACAAAUCCUCUUUCAAAGAAGAAACAAGUAUUUGUGCCUUACAGGGACUCUGUGUUGACUUGGCUCUUAAAAGAUAGCCUCGGAGGAAAUUCUAAAACUAUAAUGAUUGCCACUAUUUCACCUGCUGAUGUCAAUUAUGGAGAAACUUUAAGUACACUUCGCUAUGCAAAUAGAGCCAAAAACAUCAUCAACAAGCCUACUAUUAAUGAGGAUCCUAACGUCAAACUGAUCCGUGAGCUGAGAGCUGAAAUAGCCCGCUUAAAAGCCCUGCUUGCUCAAGGGAAUCAGAUUGCACUCUUGGAUUCUCCAACAGCUUUAAGUAUGGAAGAAAAACUUCAGCAGAAUGAAGCAAGGGUACAAGAACUGACCAAAGAGUGGACAAACAAGUGGAAUGAAACCCAAGAUAUUCUUAAAGAGCAAACGUUGGCUCUGAGGAAAGAAGGGAUCGGUGUUGUGUUAGAUUCUGAAUUGCCUCAUCUCAUUGGGAUUGAUGAUGAUCUGCUCAGUACUGGUAUCAUCUUAUACCACUUGAAGGAGGGUCAAACAUAUGUUGGCAGAGAAGAUGCUGUGACAGAACAGGAUAUUGUUCUUCAUGGUCUUGAUUUGGAAAGCGAGCAUUGCAUCUUUGAAAAUCUCAAUGGUACUGUGAAUCUAAUACCACUGAAUGGAGCUCAGUGUUCUGUGAAUGGUAUUAACAUUACAGCGGCCACACACCUAAACCAAGGUGCUGUUAUAUUGCUUGGAAGAACCAAUAUGUUUCGCUUUAACCACCCCAAAGAAGCUGCAAAGCUAAGGGAAAAAAGAAAGAGUGGACUGCUACCUUCCUUCAGCUUGUCUAUGACAGAUCUUUCAAAAUCUUGUGAGAACCUAUCAGCAGUUAUGCUUUAUAAUCCAGGGCUAGAAUUUGAGAGACAACAACGAGAGGAGCUUGAAAAGUUAGAAAGUAAAAGGAAACAAAUAGAAGAGAUGGAAGAAAAACAAAGAUCUGACAAAGCAGAACUUGUAAGAAUGCAGCAAGAAGUAGAGUCACAGCGCAAAGAAACAGAAAUUGUACAGCUGGAAAUUCGAAAACAGGAAGAGAGUUUGAAGCGGAGAAGUGUUCACAUUGAGAGCAGGUUAAAGGACUUGCUGGCUGAGAAAGAAAAAUUUGAAGAGGAGAGGUUGCGGGAACAACAGGAAAUAGAGCUCCAAAAGAAGAAACAGCAAGAAGAAAUUUUUGCCAGAGUCAAAGAGGAGUUGCAGCGACUACAAGAACUUAAUCAUAACGAAAAAGCAGAGAAAAUGCAGAUUUUCCGUGAACUAGAAAAACUUAAAAAAGAAAAAGAUGAACAGUACAUUAAGCUGGAUUUGGAAAAAAAGAGACUAGAAGAACAAGAAAGGGAGCAGGUCAUGCUGGUGGCUCAUCUAGAAGAACAGCUUCGAGAGAAGCAGGCGAUGAUAGAGCUCCUGAAGAGAGGGGAUGUACAAAGAGUUGAAGAAGAGAAAAGAGAUCUUGAAGAUAUUAGGGAAUCUCUUUUGAAAGUCAAGGAAGCCCGAUCUGAAGGUGAUGAGAACAGUGAAGAGUUAGAAAAAGCACAGCAUGCUUUUAUAGAGUUUAAAAGGAAACAACUGGAACAGUUGAAUAUUUUGGAAAAAGAUGUAGUUCAACAAGUGGAUCACCUAGAAAAGGAGAUAGCUGAUGAAAAAGAAGAUCUGGAACAGUUAAAAUUUGCAUAUGAAGAGCAACUAAAUCUCCAAAGAGGUGAUGAAAACUUUCUAGAUGCCUUACUCAAGGCUGAAGAAGGUGACAAGAUAAAGGCAGCAGAAUACAGGCUCCAAGCUAAAGAACGCCAGCUUGAGUACCUGAGGAGCAAUCAUUUGCCAGCUCUGCUGGAAGAAAAACAAAGAGCUUCUGAAAUCCUUGAUAGAGGCUUGCUAGGGUUGGAUAAUACUCUCUAUGAAACAGAGAAAGAAAUAGAAGAAAAAGAAGAGCAGCUUGCCCAAUAUAGAGCCAGCACAAAUCAGCUGCAGCAGCUUCAAGAAACUUUUGAAUUCACAGCCAAUGUAGCUCGUCAGGAGGAAAAGGUUCGGAAGAAGGAAAAAGAAAUCCUUGAAUCAAGGGAAAAACAGCAGAGAGAGGCACUGGAGCAAGCUGUUGCUAAGUUGGAAAAGAGGCACUCUGCUUUGCAGCGUCGUUCAACAAUAGACUUUGAAAUAGAGGAGCAGAAACAGAAGCUUGCCACCUUGAACAAUAGCUGUGAUGAGCAGGCAGGUCUGCAGGCUAGCCUAGAGGCUGAGCAGAAAGCUCUUGAACAAGACCGAGAACGCCUGGACCAGGAAAUACAGCAACUGAAGCAAAAAAUAUAUGAGGGUGAUGGCGGUCAGAAAGGAAAUCAUGGAACUUCAGAAGAGAGACACUCCCACACCACUUCCCCUACUGGCUCAGCAAAGUCACAGCAACCUGCUGCACCACUAGUUGAUGAUAGGAUAAAUGCCUUUAUUGAACGAGAAGUGCAAAGAAGGCUCCAGAAUAUUCAUCAUAAAGCUGAGGAGAAUGAUUUUAACCUGCUCUGGUCUACAGAAAGUUUAAAGGAUAAUGAGAGGCUUAAUAAUGGCUCUCUUCAGCGCAAGCUGAAGUAUGAGCGGAUGGUCUGUCGUUCUCUGGGAGCAAGUCCAGACAACCUAAAGGACCCAAUUAAAAUUAGUAUUCCACGCUAUGUCCUGUGUGGGCAGGGAAAGGAUGAACACUACGAGUUUGAAAUAAAGAUAACAGUCCUGGAUGAGACGUGGACAGUAUUCAGGCGGUACAGUCGUUUUCGAGAAAUGCAUAAAACUUUAAAACUGAAGUACCCAGAGCUUGCCACUUUAGAAUUCCCUCCCAAGAAGCUUUUUGGAAACAAGGAUGAACGAGUGAUUGCAGAACGACGGAGUCACUUAGAGAAAUACCUCAGGAGCUUUUUCUCUGCAAUGCUGAAAUCUCCAUCAUCACCACUGAACAUUGAUAAAGUGGGACUAACUCUGUCAAAGCACACCAUCUGCGAAUUCUCACCCUUCUUCAGGAAAGGUGUUUUUGACUACAGCAGCCAUGGGACCAGCUAACCUUUGAUCCAGGACUCCUACAGCUGGAGGAGUACAGUUGGAGUAGUGCCUUCACUUUUGCGAUGCAAGAGAAAUGAGAGAAAGAAAAAAAGGGUAUCUUCCAUACCUGGAAAGUGGCAUCAAAACAACUCCAGUUAAAGACAGCUACACCUCACCGCUAGCCUGUGUACCCUACCAGCUCUCAUGUUAGUGCCUGCAUUUCCCUGGCAUGGGGUAUACAGACAUUUUUGUGUAAGUUGCUCUGUUAAUACUGUACAAAGAUUCUGACUCUCAUGCUGUGUUUGGAUCCACUCCUUAGCAAGAGUGUGUCCUUCCCAUUUACUCAGACAAUUUUUUCUGGUGGUGUGAGAGCAUCUUGUAUUUGCUCUGUGGUGUGUCAUGGUGACAGGGUUUUCUGAGCAGCCUUUCAGAUUUUGUCCAAUCUGUUCCUUAAAGAACACUUCCUCUUCAGUUUCCUCAUAGCAUACUGUGACAUUUAAGGUAGUUCUUGUACUCCACUGUUGUUUCUUUUUUCUGCCUCCCAGACAUACAUUUUAUCUAUUUGACUGUAUAAUUGUAUAGUUUUCAGAAGAAUUAAAUGGCCUAGGUAACUUGAAUGUUUACAAAAUACAUAUGCAGCAGAAAGUAUAUAAUUUAAGCCCUGUAUAAGUCUUCCACACUUGUUUGUUACGAAGCAGAAGGAAUCACUCACUCAUCAUUACUUGAGAAGCAGAGGAAGCAAUAGUUACCGAAGAAUGCGCUCAACACCUAUUCAGAUUUUCUUAUUGCCCAGACUGUGGAUACUGUGCACUCUACAGAGCUCAUAGCUAUGCAUAAAGCCGAUGCAAAGUGCUAUAUUUCUUUUUUUGAAAAAUAGCUUCUUCGCAGUGACAUAACUCUGCAAAACGUGAGUUUUAUUUGCAUUGGUUAAAAUUUACAGGAUUGCAGUAAUCGGACUUUAAAUUACUCAGGACUCAUUGAGAUUUGCACAUGUAUAUACAGGAAGAAUUAAUUUUAUAUUGCUGCGGAUCCAAAAAU